UUUGGGUAUAUAAGCUGAAGCCAAAAGCUCACUCAGCAUCGAAAGCAUCUCAAGCUACAAUCAAUCAUCAAAUAUGCAGUCCAACAAGGUUUUCUUCGUGUUCUUUGGUAUCAUCGCCAUGGUGAUCGCCGCCAGUCUCUCCUCGGAUGUUGUGGACAAGGGUGAUGAUGUGAUCAGCGAUCGUCGUUUCCGUUGGGAAUUCUCGCAAGAUUCCGAUGAGUCUGCCAACGACUUGCAGGAGGAUGAUGAUGAUGAUGAUGAUGCCGCGGAUGAUGACAGCGCAUCCGAAGAAAUUUUGAUCAUCGAGUAUCCUGAAGGCUACGAAAGCGGCUCCAAUGAAAGCGCCUCCGAUGAAAGCGUCUCCGAGGAAAGCGCCUCCAAUGAAUCUUAAUCAUUUAGUUAACAGUUUUUGUAAUAUUUGUUUUUAUAAAUAGUAUUUGUUGUUAUGGCGAAAAGUUUUGAAUACAUAAGAUAUUUGCGAACGUAA